AAACUAUUCUUUAUGAGGACGUUAGCAGGCACAAUUGGUACCCUGACAUGAUAUCCAUAAUCCCUCAAUUCCCAGAUUAACCUUGACACUCAUACAGUCAGUUCCCAGACAUGAAUUAUGUCCUUCUUAAGACAGCAUCAAAAUGGAUUACACACCCUCUGACUGCCGGUAGGCUCAGGGGUCACUUUAAAAGGCAUCUUGCAAUGAGCAGGAGAAGAAGUAAGUGGGGAUCUGUGCUGAAGGGACUGCCUCUAACGGAGAGACCUCAGAAUACAGACUUCUCCCUACAAAUUUCUAAUUUUCUGGAUAGAGAUAUCUUCUAAAAUAAUUAUAGUGAAUCUCACUGUGAGAAAAUAAGUAAUCUCAAGGGAGUCAGAAUUAUUCCAAGAAACUGGGCCGACAGGGAAGAAUCCAUCACAGCAGAAGAAACACUUGAAAGGCAGAUACCUGAGACACAUAUAUUUAUAUGGUCACUGCCUUAAACUGACUAGAAAACAUUUUAACAGAAGUGCCAAUUUAGGAAGAGAAAACAUUGUCGUCAUAAAGGAAAAUAAGAACUUUGCAAUGGGUAAUACAAGCACCAGCACUGUAGAUGACUUGCAGGCAGUGGAAAUCCACCACUGGUACAAGAAGUUCAUGACAGAAUGUCCCUCGGGUCAGCUCACACUGCAUGAGUUCAAACAGUUCUUUGGGCUACGGGGCCUAAGUGGAGAUGCCAACACCUACAUUGAACAAAUGUUCCGCACUUUUGAUAUGAACAAGGAUGGCUACAUUGAUUUCAUGGAGUAUGUUGCUGCUCUCAGUCUGGUGCUUCGUGGGAAGAUAGAACAAAAGCUACGCUGGUAUUUCAAGCUUUAUGAUGUAGAUGGGAAUGGAUGCAUUGACCGUCAUGAGCUGCUCAAUAUUAUUAAGGCAGUGCGAGCAAUUAAUGGGUGCGAUCAUGAUAUGACUCCUGAGGAAUUCACCAAUCGGGUCUUUGACAGGAUUGAUAUCAAUGGAGAUGGGGAGCUAUCUUUGGAAGAGUUUGUUGAAGGUGCUCGGAAGGAUGAAGAAUUUAUGGAUGUGAUGAUGAAAAGCUUGGACCUGACCCACAUAAUGACUAUGAUAAACAACCGGAGACAUAGCGUGUGAAACAGUUGUGGCAGCAUGUGACGUGGUGGGCUGGUAGUGAAAGUGUGUGCAGGAAGUACUUGACAAAAAAUGGGCAUUGUAUAUGCUUUGUGAUUGGAGAACACUGCUUUUUACAAAACGAUACAACUUAUUAAAUAUGUGAGAGGUGGAAUGGUUUGUGAUUAGUAAAAAAGUGAGGCAAGUGAUAUCGAUGGAGGCACAGAGUAUGAAUUAUUAACUGAGAAUAAUUGUAAGAUCAUGUAAGGAAACGUAUACAUGUAUAAACACAUUUAUGCUCACAAUUAUGAUCCAGCUUUGUGUAGCAAACAUAUUAUA